CAAAACCCUACCUCCUCCUCCGCCCACUGAAUUCACGAUUCCUGCGACACUUGGUCGCCCCCUCCGCUUCAACUGGUCUACCUUCUUAGCCAAUCACUCUCCAAUUCUAAACGAUCGGAGGGUACUGCUGUACAGGUUACUAAAGGCAACCUGAAAUUAAAAUGGAAACCAGUGACUGGAGAACUCAGCUUCCCAAAGAUUUUCGAGAAAAUAUUAUCAAAAAGAUUAUAGACAUCCUAAAGAAGCGUACGCCACCAUUUGAUGAUCCUUCAUCCCAACUGAAGAAGAUACAGAGUGUUGCGUUGAAGUUUGAGGAAAAGGUUUAUAUGGACUCCAGUGACCAGAGAGAAUAUGUGAGGAAGAUAAUGGUAAAGUUGAUGGCAGCAGAGGGAUCACAUCCAAACAUCGUGUCGAAAUCAUCAUCAAACUCUCCCUGUGCCUCAAAUCCCGGUCAAUCAAUUUCUGUUCAAUCCACUGAUCAGUCUCAAGCAUGUGAAGUUACUGAGCAGCAUUUAUUGCUUGACGUUCAAAAUAAUAAAGCAUGUGCUGGAGUUUCUGCUAAUAUGGCACCCACACGGUCCACUGUUGGUGCUUCCUCUCAGAAUCCGCUGAAGUUGGUCGGAAAUUCGUUGGGGAAAGGGAUACAUUUUAAUGAAUCUGCCAGUAAUAUCAAGCAGGAGCAAGUACAGCAGCAUUCAUCCCGCAUUGAUUCUCAUCCAAAUCCACAUCACUGUAGGCAGGUCAAGCAGGAAUAUAUUGAUCUUCAGGAAAACCUUCAGCAUCAAAAUCCAAAUCUUUGUAAGCAGGUCAAGCAGGAACAUGUUGCAUUGUCACGCAUAACUCAGCAACACCAAUUACAUCACCAGAAAUAUAAUGAUCCUCAGAAGAAUCAUCAACAACUAAAUCCGAAUCUGUGUAAGUAUGUCAAGCAGGGACAUGUUACACCGUCAUGCAUAACUCAGCAACACCAAGUACAUCAGCAGCACCACUACCAGCAGAAACUCUUAAAAAACACUCAGCAACUGAUUCCUCCACAAUCUGCCAUCAAAGCUCCUAUUCUACGACCUUCUGAUUCACAUAUUGCUCCACUUUCUGAUCUUCGGCAGGAUCAGAUCUCUCCUUUUAAACAGACAUCACAAUCUUUGAUUAAGAAUCAUCAUCAGACAGCUUUUGUGCAAACAAAUCCACAUGGUACUCCUGAACACCUUUUACUGCAAUCCCAGAAGCAAGCACGUGUGAUCACGAGUAGGUUGACUCCUACUAAUCUGCAACAAAAUCAUAUAAAUGGGAAACCAAAUGGUCUCCGUGAUUUGCACCAGCAACAUCAUAGGUUGUCCUCGCAGAACAAUAGUUUACUACAGGAAUUUAAGGGGCAAAGUAUAAUUCGUCCAAGUGCAAAUCAUGAGGCCCAAAGAAACAAUAUCUCUGUACUACAUGAGAGCUCGCAGCUGCCUGAAGGUGGUAGCUCGGGCAAACGUCAAUGCGAGAUUAAAAUACAGGGGGAAACCAGCCAGAUUGCUUCAACCUUUUUGCCAAAUCAAGUGCAAGAAUCACAACCACAGAAUCUUCAAAGGCAACUGAACUCUCAGUCACAGCCAAAGCAAAUGCCAAGUCUGCCAAGUUCACGGAGCAGGCAAAUGUCAGACAUACCAGCUUCCACAUGUGAGCAAGGGAUCUCAAACGUAAAUAACUUGCAAGAGCAGCUCUAUCGGAAGGUUGAAGUUUUAAAAGAAAAAUAUUUAUCAGCACUGACAGGAAUCUAUCAAAAGAUAGCAUGUCAUUUCGAGAAGCUCAAUUCUAUCCCUCAACACCCGGACAAUAUCAAGAAACUUAAAGCAAUGAAGCACAUGCAUUACACUGCCAAAUAUUACAUUAUGAAUCUAAGUGUGCCCAAAAGCAAAAUUACAUCUGCUUUCAAUGAAAAGCUGGGUUUAUUGGAGGACAAAAUUGUUUCUUUCAUUAACAUAUUUGAUCAGCAUAAGCGUGCUACCUUGCUGCAGCAUAGAAGUACUUCGAAUGUGGAUUCUAUGCCACAGUCAGUGCAACUUCAUUCUCAGGCUUCUCAAGGUAAAACACGGCAAGACGAAAAUAAACUGCAAUCUCAGUCGGUGAACUUACAGUGUAUUGGUACAAAUAUGCAGCACGGAAGUAUGACAAAUGUUGUGAAUGAUUAUGAUUCUCUAUCUGAGCCUCCAAUCCUGCAACAUGACAUGGCGCAUUUGCGACAGAAGUUGACCGAGCAAGAUUCAGAAAAAGCAAAUUCUUUGACGUCAGUAAUGCAGGUUCCCUCAGAGUCCUGUAAACUUCCUAGAGGCAGCCCCCAACAACCAAAUAAUAUCUUGUCACAAAAUCCUGCAGUUAGAAUACAACAGGAUGCUAAAACCCCAAAUCAAGAACUUCAAAGGCACAAGUCGCAGCGGCAAUUAGUACAACCAAAGCAGCAAGUACCACAGCAGCAUCAUCAAUCACCAGAGUUGCAGUCUGGGGAUUCAACUUCUAAUUCUUUGCCCAUAAGUCUUAAACCUUCCUCUCAACGAGAUCCACAUUCUUCUGUGAUUGAAAAGACGGAUCUUCCAUUGCUUCCUACAAGACCUACUCUUGUCAUUUCAAGAAGCUCACCUGAGGAUGGAAUUUCUUCUCUGGCUCCAUCAGAUUCAGCACCUGUACCAGGGGAUUCUGAGAAACCUAUGUCUGAAACAUCAUUGGUUUCAUAUGCUGUAAAUAUUGGAGGUCAACUAUCACAUGAUGUUCCAAAAGUGUUCCAUACUUCUCUAGAUGGGUUGAAUGCUGCUGAGCAGCCUAUUCAGAGAUUGAUUAAAAUGGUUAACUUGGUGUCAAGUAAAGCACUAAGUUCUUUUGCUUCAGACAUUAGUUCUGUAGUUUGUAGGACUGAUAGAAUGUCUGGACCAGAUAUGGUUCAGAGAUCUGGAGCUGCGAUUGGUGAUUUGGCAGACAUGACCUAUUGUCAUCAGGAGAGAUACUUCACCCGACAGGAAACUACUGUUGAAACAAGGAUAAUGAAGCGUCCCAGAAGUAUGCCAAUUAGCAUUGAGGCUCCAGAAAAUGGCUCUAUGAAUGAGAGCUUGUUACAGUACUUACAGCUAAGUGAUAUGGAAAAGUUUGACUUGGAUGCACCUGCAGUAUCUUAUAGCAAACGGCGUAGGCUUCAGGUGAAUCAUCUCUUACAAGAAAUAACAGCAAUCAACCAACGACUAAUAGACACUGUUUUAGAUAUCAUUGAUGAUGAGUCUAUUACAUCAGUACCCUCAGCUCCAAUUCUCGAUGGCAAAGGAAUCAUUGUCAGGUGCUCCUUCGUAGCUGUGACCAUUGCUCCUAGUCUGAACUCUGAACAGGGUUCAGAUCCAAUGUUUCCAAUCCAGCCUCUGCGAUUGCUUGUUCCUGCAAAUUAUCCUUUGUGCUCUCCUAUAUUCAUGGACAAGUUGAAAGUGGAAGUCAGUGAUGAUCAAGAUCUUUCAGCACAGGUUAGGUCAAAGCUCGAUAGCUCUCUUCGGCAGCUGACAGAACCCUUGUCACUUGGGGAGAUAGCAAGGACAUGGGAUGUAUGCGCCCGGGCAGUGAUCUCUGAAUAUGCAGAGCAGAAUGGAGGAGGAAGCUUCAGUUCUAGGUAUGGCACUUGGGAAGACUGCCUUAGUGCUGCAGCUGCUUGAAUCAAUUUUCCUUGAGAAUUGUUAUCUUGUGAAAGUUGAGAAGUGAGAUUGUAUUGUACAGGCUCAUGUAAGCUGAUUGUCUUAAAUCUCAGUGAUGGUCUUAUAAAACAUUAAACCUCAUGAAUUGCAUGUUUUAUUAGGAUUAGGAAUUAGUUACAUUAAUUAAUGUGUUCCAAUUUUUUUUUUUAAAGAAGAAAACAAGGGCACUUCUAGUUCUCCUAGACAAAGAAAAUGACUUAAGACCAAAUA